AUGUUAUCCGCAACGCGACGGUGGUUCCAGCGCAACAGGACGCCAAUUGCUAUCGGCGUAGGCGUUGUUGGCGCCGGCUAUCUAGCAACACAGUAUGUGCUAGGCAAAAUCAACGAUGCACGCGAACGCAUGAGUAGCGAUCGUAUCGCGAAGGAGAACCUGCGGCGGCGAUUCGAGCAGAACCAGGAGGAUUGCACCUUUACUGUCUUGGCUUUACUCCCGACGGCGACAACCAAUAUCCUCGAAGCGAUGAACACGGAAAAGAUCACAUUGGAAAUCCAGCAGAUGAAGGGCGCUGCCAGGAGCGCGAAAGCCGGAGAGCAUGCGGCAACACCACCGAGCAUUGCAGAUACCACCUUGACAGAAGAGGAGGGCAAGAGCGUAGCAAGCUUGCAGAGCGAGAGCGGCGUCCAUGCAAGUCAGGUGGUACUACCUACGCCGUCUGCCGCUGGCGAAGGUGCGCAGGAGGGGGUCCAGACUGCUCCGACAGCACAGAAGACGAGAAGGACGAAACGACAGCUUUGGGAUGAUCUAACAAUCAGCUCCAUAACACGGGCUUUCACUCUUGUCUAUACCCUCAGCCUUCUCACCAUGUUGACCCGAGUUCAAUUAAAUCUUCUGGGCCGAAGAAGUUACCUCUCAAGUGUCGUGUCGCUAGCAACAGGAACCAUGCAAUCGACCAUUAGCUUGGAAAACAAUGACGACAAUGACGACGAUAACGCGGAACAGGUGUACGGAAGUGACUUUGACACAAACCGGAAAUAUCUCACCUUUAGUUGGUGGUUGUUGAAUCGCGGGUGGAUCGACGUAGGAGAACGAGUCGAAGAAGCGGUCAGAGAUGUGUUCGGGCACUUGAGUCCUCGGGACCUGUUGAGUUUCGACCAAUUUUGGCAGCUGACACUUGAGGUGCGGAAAAAGGUUGAAGGCAGGGCAGAAACAGACCGAAAGGGAUCUAAAUGGCUGCCAAACCUCCUACCUCCAAGCACCCUGGAGGACUUUGUGCUCAGGGAAUCAGGUGUCUUGGGCGAAAGCGCGACUGCGGAAACGCAAACCGAGACCUCGUCACCAUCAACAACGGCUCCCUCGCUUCGACGCUUACUAGAUGAGACGUCAGACCUCAUUGACUCACCUGCCUUCUCCCACGUGCUCACCCUUCUUCUUGACGCGGGCUUCUCCGUGCUGCUAUCGAAGAAGCUUUUACAGGGGGCUUUCGAGCUCACCGCGACCAUCCCGGAAUUAGAAGAGGAGCAGGCGUCAAAGAUCGUUCUGCUCCCCAAGAUCUUGUCUGUGCUGACAAGACAAGCACAUGCCAUUGGCAACGGCAUGCCGAACGAGUACCUACAAGAGAUGGAGCAGGUUCCUAACCUGGAAGCCUUCGCGGCGGUUGUGUAUUCGAGCAACUGGGAAAAUGAGGUCCAGCAAAAUGGUCUCUCUGUGCAGGCAGUGGAGGAUGUGGGAAAACUAGCCCCUGAAAGCAGCAUGAGACCGACGCAGGCCUCUGGGGUUCCGACACUGGACGAUGAAAGCGUAGUGUUGGUUGACAACGAGGCGAUGCCGGCAUCUUUUAAUGAACCAAGUCAGAUGUCGUUUGAGAGCGUCUGGGAGCGGACGGUAGAGCAAAAGCGAGGAUGA